AUGGAAAAGUCGGCGAGACCACGAACGGCUCUAAAUGAGUGUGUUAAAGUGGUUGUGAGAUGUCGACCUCUAUCCGAUAGAGAAAAGAACGAAAGUUACGAAGAGGUGGUAAAAGUGUGGCCAGAGAGAGGCGCCGUGCAAGUGUAUAACCCAAAGGGGCAAGACAAGCUUUUCACAUACGAUGCCGCUUACGACUGCUCAUCGGAUACCAAGACCAUUUACGAUGAAAUGGUCAGACCUCUCGUCGCGUCAGUCCUCGAUGGCUUCAACGGCUGUGUCUUCGCAUACGGCCAAACGGGUACAGGAAAGACUCAUACCAUGGAGGGAAAUGGAGACGACGAGGGCAUCAUACCGCGCACCUUCAGACACAUCUGGGCCCACAUAGAGAACACAGCGAGUCCGGAUGUGACUCAUCUCGUUUCUUGUUCAUAUGUGGAGUUGUACUUGGAAGACGUGAGGGAUCUACUGUCCAAGGAGUGCAAGAAACUAACUAUCAGAGGGCAGGAACUUAACGGCUUCUACAUACCGGAGAUGACGUCUAUAGUCUGCAAAUCAGCGUCUGAAAUGGUUCGGCUGAUGCGAGCUGGCAACAGGAACAGAGCAUCAGGAAGAACGGACAUGAACGAACAUUCGUCGAGGAGUCACGCAGUUUUCUUGGUCACCGUGGAAACCGCUCACCGUUCUACUAACAGAAUAAGGGUGGGCAAGUUAAAUUUGGUUGACUUAGCGGGUAGUGAGAGGCAACGUAAGACAGGCGCAUCUGCUGACCGACUCCGCGAAGCUGCACGAAUCAACCAAGCGCUCUCAUCUUUAGGCAAUGUCAUCUCUGCUCUUGCUGAAAACAGCCCUCAUGUUCCUUACAGAGAUUCGAAGCUGACUCGCAUUCUGCAGGACUCUCUGGGCGGUAACAGCAAGACUAUAAUGAUCGCCAAUAUCGGUCCGGCGUCUUACAACUACGAUGAGACCGUCACCACAUUGCGAUACGCACAUCGGGCCAAAGCCAUCAAGAAUAAGCCAGUUCGCAAUGAAGAUCCAAAGGACGCGAAACUACGAGAGUACCAGGCGGAGAUUGAGCGACUUCGCUCUCUCAUCGAGCAGCGGAAAGCCAUUGAGAAACGGAAAAAGCCGCCUAAAAUACGCUCUAAAGCCACACCACAGGAUUCCGAGGAAGAAACAGCAAGUAUCGAAAGCGAACACAUUCUCGCAGAAUCCACCAUCGAACAAGAAAAAACGAAAACGGAAGAAUUGGAACAUCAAAUAAGGGCGCUAGAAGACAGACUCGUCCAGGGCGGCGGGGGAAAGGAUCUCCUCAAUAACUUAAACGAAAGUCAAGUGAUCCUGCAGCAGAGGCACAUGGAAAUAGCUGAAAGGAAAAAGAGGGAAAUUGAAAUGCAGCAAAAGAUAGACUUAGAAGAGGAAACGACGGCUAUAGUCACUAAUACGUUUACGACCCUUCAGCAGGAAGUUGACCAUAAAACGCAGAGGCUAAAGCGCUGCCUCGCUAAAUACGCGUCUCUACGCGAAGAGAUGGUAGAACAGCGGGAAGCGCACGACUCUGAGCGUCGUGAGCAGGAAGCACUCCAGGCUGCUCUCAUCGCGGAGCUGCGCCGUCGUCUGCUGCUGGCCGACAGCUUCGUGCCGGACGCCGGCAGACCUACUGUUAUGAGGCUCCGAUAUAAUGAUGACGCUGAUACCUGGGAACUGCCUCCAAGUGGGGCAGAACCGUUAACCGUCCGCCCAGUUUCAACGCCCGGGGCUCGCCGGCCUGCGUGUCUAGCUGUCGAGGGCGUGGACGCACCCCGUCGACGCGCUGAGAAUCUUCUAGAUCUGCGGCCUCUACCGUUGCCGUCUACUGUUCGCCACUACCCACCGCAGAGACCCCAGACCACCCUCACUAAGUCUGUUGAAGUACCGGUGGCGAUAAAGAAAGAAGUCCCUGUGGAGUCUCGGCGAGUAAGUGGAAAACCCAGACCUCCGUCGGCCCUUCAUCGUCUGGGAACAGCCGGGGUGCGAUAG